CCCUUCGCGGCCACCAUGGGGGAGAACGACGCCGCGCUACGGGCCGGCGGCAGGGGGCUCUCGGACCCGUGGACGGACUCCGUGGGGGUGCGACCCCGCACAACCGAGCGCCACAUCACGGUGCACAAGCGGCUCGUGCUGGCCUUCGCGGUGUCCAUCGUGGCACUGCUCGCGGUCACCAUGCUCGCGGUGUUGCUCAGCUUGCGCUUCGACGAGUGCGGAGCUAGCGCAGCCCCGGGCGCCGACGGCGGUCUCGCCGGCUUCCCGGCACGCGGGGGCAACGGGAGCCUUCCGGGUUCCGCCCGGCGCAACCACCAGGCUGGCGGGGACUCCUCGAAGCCCGAGGUAGGCGGAGAGGCCACCCCUGGGACCCCGUCCGCCCAGCCGCCGUCGGAGGAGGAGCGGGAGCAGUGGCAGCCGUGGACGCAGCUGCGCCUGUCCGGCCACCUCAAGCCGCUGCACUACAACCUAAUGCUCACCGCCUUCAUGGAGAACUUCACCUUCUCCGGCGAGGUCAAUGUGGAGAUCGCGUGCCGGAACGCCACCCGCUACGUCGUGCUGCACGCCUCCCGGGUGGCGGUUGAGAAGGUGCAGGUGGCCGAGGACCGGGUGGCUGGUGCUGUCCCGGUGGCCGGUUUUUUCCUCUACCCGCAAACCCAGGUCUUGGUGGUGGUGCUGAAUAGGACUCUGGACGCGCAGAGGAAUUACAACCUGAAGAUCAUCUACAACGCCCUGAUCGAGAACGAGCUCUUGGGCUUCUUCCGCAGCUCCUACGUGCUCCACGGGGAGAGAAGAUUCCUUGGUGUCACUCAGUUUUCACCUACCCAUGCCAGAAAGGCAUUUCCUUGUUUUGACGAGCCGAUCUACAAGGCUACUUUCAAAAUUAGCAUCAAGCAUCAAGCAACCUAUUUAUCUUUAUCCAAUAUGCCAGUGGAAACUUCCGUGUUUGAGGAAGAUGGAUGGGUUACGGAUCACUUUUCACAGACCCCUCUCAUGUCUACAUAUUAUUUAGCCUGGGCGAUCUGCAACUUCACAUACAGAGAAACUACCACCAAGAGUGGGGUUGCAGUACGAUUAUAUGCAAGACCCGAUGCUAUCAGAAGAGGAUCUGGGGACUAUGCUCUCCAUAUAACAAAGAGAUUAAUAGAAUUUUAUGAAGACUACUUUAAAGUGCCCUAUUCCUUGCCCAAACUAGAUCUCUUAGCUGUGCCUAAGCAUCCGUACGCUGCUAUGGAGAACUGGGGACUAAGUAUUUUUGUGGAGCAAAGAAUACUGCUGGAUCCCAGUGUUUCAUCUAUUUCUUAUUUACUGGAUGUCACCAUGGUCAUUGUUCAUGAGAUAUGUCACCAGUGGUUUGGUGACCUUGUGACCCCAGUAUGGUGGGAAGAUGUGUGGCUGAAGGAAGGUUUUGCUCACUACUUUGAAUUUGUUGGCACAGAUUACCUCUACCCUGGCUGGAAUAUGGAAAAACAGAGGUUUCUGACAGAUGUUCUGCAUGAAGUGAUGCUGCUUGACGGCUUGGCCAGUUCCCACCCAGUAUCACAGGAAGUGCUGCGGGCCACAGACAUUGACCGGGUGUUUGACUGGAUCGCCUAUAAAAAGGGUGCUGCUCUAAUUAGAAUGCUGGCUAAUUUUAUGGGCCAUUCAGUAUUUCAAAGGGGUUUGCAAGAUUAUUUAACCAUUCAUAAGUACGGCAAUGCAGCCAGAAACGAUCUCUGGAAUACACUGUCAGAGGCUUUAAAACGGAAUGGAAAAUUUGUAAAUAUACAAGAAGUAAUGGAUCAGUGGACACUCCAGAUGGGUUAUCCUGUUAUCACAAUCUUGGGAAAUUCAACAGCAGAAAAUAGAAUAAUAAUUACCCAACAACAUUUUAUUUAUGACAUCAGUGCUAAAACUAAAGCACUCGAACUUCAAAAUAACAGUUACCUGUGGCAGAUUCCACUAACUAUUGUGGUAGGAAAUAGAAGCCAUGUGUCUUCAGAAGCAAUUAUUUGGGUGUCUAACAAAUCAGAGCACCACAGAAUAACUUUGGACAAAGGAAGCUGGUUGCUGGGGAAUAUCAAUCAAACUGGCUAUUUUAGAGUCAACUAUGAUUUAAGGAAUUGGCGAUUAUUAAUUGAUCAAUUAAUCAGGAACCAUGAGGUUCUCUCUGUCAGUAACAGAGCAGGUUUGAUUGACGAUGCCUUCAGCCUGGCCAGAGCCGGCUACUUGCCUCAGCAUAUCCCCCUGGAGAUUAUCAGAUACCUGUCUGAGGAGAAGGAUUUUCUUCCUUGGCAUGCUGCCAGUCGAGCUCUUUAUCCCCUUGAUAAAUUACUGGACCGCAUGGAGAAAUACAAUGUCUUCAAUGAAUAUAUUUUAAAGCAAGUUGCAACCACGUACAUCAAGCUUGGAUGGCCAAAAAACAAUUUUAAUGGAUCUCUUGUUCAAGCAUCCUACCAACAUGAAGAACUCCGGAGAGAAGUUAUAAUGCUAGCGUGCAGUUUUGGCAACAAACAUUGUCACCAACAGGCAUCGACACUUAUUUCAGAUUGGAUUUCCAGCAACAGGAACAGAAUACCACUAAAUGUUAGAGACAUCGUCUACUGUACAGGAGUUUCACUACUAGAUGAGGAUGUCUGGGAAUUCAUAUGGAUGAAAUUCCACUCCACUACAGCGGUUUCUGAGAAGAAAAUAUUAUUGGAAGCCUUAACUUGCAGUGAUGACAGGAACUUAUUAAAUAGGCUUCUAAAUCUCUCACUGAAUUCUGAGGUGGUGUUAGAUCAAGAUGCAAUUGAUGUGAUAAUCCAUGUCGCUCGAAACCCACACGGCCGAGACCUUGCCUGGAAGUUUUUCAGAGAUAAAUGGAAGAUACUAAAUACCAGGUAUGGAGAGGCAUUAUUUAUGAAUUCCAAACUCAUUAGUGGAGUUACAGAAUUUCUUAAUACUGAAGGUGAACUCAAAGAGCUGAAGAACUUCAUGAAGAACUAUGAUGGAGUAGCUGCUGCCUCUUUCUUGAGAGCUGUGGAAACCGUGGAAGCCAACGUGCGCUGGAAAAUGCUCUAUCAAGAUGAGCUUUUCCAAUGGUUAGGAAAAGCUCUGAGACACUAAACUCUCUCUUAUAAACAAUCCGACUCCGAAUUUUGGGAGAAGACCUGCUUUCUAUGGAGUGAGGAAAAUGUGCUAUGUGGAAAAUGGCCAGAUUUUCAGCAUUAACGUGUGGGAGGAAAAUUUUAUUUAUUUAUUU